AUGGCCCAGUUUGUCCGUAACCUCGCAGAGAAGGCCCCGGCGCUGGUGAACGCUGCUGUGACUUACUCGAAGCCUCGAUUGGCCACAUUUUGGCACUAUGCCAAGGUUGAGCUGGUUCCUCCAACCCCUGCUGAGAUCCCGACAGCUAUUCAGAGCUUGAAAAGAAUAGUCAAGAGCGCUCAAACUGGUAGCUUCAAACAGCUUACAGUUAAGGAAGCUCUGCUGAAUGGUUUGGUGGCCACUGAGGUGUGGAUGUGGUUUUAUGUCGGCGAGAUCAUAGACAAGCGUGGCAUCAUUGGUUAUGAUGUUUGAAGACCAAUCUUUAACAUCUGUCUGUAUUUGGUUUGUUAUUUGAGUGUUUUUGGACAAUAUGUGAUCAGACAAUGUCUCUUAUACACAUCAGA